GGGAGAAUGCGUGAAUGUAUCUCCAUCCAUGUUGGCCAGGCUGGUGUCCAGAUGGGCAAUGCCUGCUGGGAGCUGUACUGUUUAGAACAUGGUAUCCAGCCUGAUGGGCAGAUGCCCAGUGAUAAGACCAUUGGAGGUGGUGAUGACUCCUUCAACACCUUCUUCAGCGAGACUGGAGCAGGGAAACAUGUCCCGCGAGCUGUCUUUGUUGAUUUGGAACCAACUGUAAUUGAUGAGGUCCGUACUGGCACCUAUCGCCAGCUGUUCCACCCCGAGCAGCUCAUCACCGGGAAGGAAGAUGCUGCCAACAAUUAUGCCCGUGGGCACUAUACCAUCGGCAAGGAGCUGAUCGACCUGGUUCUGGAUAGACUUCGCAAGUUGGCUGACCAGUGCACGGGACUCCAGGGUUUCCUCAUUUUCCACAGCUUUGGUGGAGGCACUGGCUCCGGUUUCACAUCCCUCCUGAUGGAACGUCUCUCCGUUGAUUACGGCAAGAAGUCCAAGCUGGAGUUUUCCAUCUACCCAGCUCCUCAGAUCUCCACAGCUGUAGUUGAACCCUACAACUCCAUCCUGACUACCCACACCACACUCGAACACUCGGACUGCGCCUUCAUGGUAGACAAUGAAGCCAUCUAUGAUAUCUGUCGCAGAAACCUGGACAUUGAACGUCCGACCUACACCAAUUUGAACCGAUUGAUUGGUCAAAUUGUGUCCUCCAUUACAGCCUCCCUUCGCUUUGAUGGUGCUUUGAAUGUUGAUCUGACAGAGUUCCAGACCAAUUUAGUUCCCUAUCCACGUAUCCAUUUCCCUCUGGCUACCUAUGCCCCUGUGAUCUCGGCUGAGAAAGCUUAUCAUGAGCAACUGUCUGUGUCUGAGAUCACCAAUGCCUGCUUCGAGCCAGCAAACCAGAUGGUCAAGUGUGACCCUCGCCAUGGCAAGUACAUGGCUUGCUGUCUGCUCUACCGUGGUGAUGUGGUGCCGAAAGAUGUCAAUGCUGCCAUUGCCACUAUCAAGACCAAACGCACUAUUCAAUUUGUUGACUGGUGUCCAACUGGUUUCAAGGUCGGCAUCAACUACCAGCCUCCCACUGUGGUGCCUGGUGGGGACCUGGCCAAGGUGCAGCGUGCUGUGUGUAUGCUGAGCAACACCACAGCCAUCGCUGAAGCCUGGGCUCGCCUCGAUCACAAGUUUGAUCUGAUGUACGCCAAGCGCGCCUUUGUGCAUUGGUACGUGGGCGAGGGGAUGGAGGAAGGGGAGUUCUCAGAGGCCCGUGAAGACAUGGCAGCCUUGGAGAAAGAUUACGAGGAGGUUGGCACUGAGAGCAUUGAGGGUGAAGGAGAGGCUGAAGAAGGUGAGGAAUAUUAGACCCUCAAAAGUAGUCCUGACACUCAAAAUAUUUGGGAUCAACAGGCUGAUGUAAUUCAAUUUGAAAGUCCUUUGAUCUCAGGCAUUCGUAAUGAGCAAAUAGGCACAUAAUGGUAAACGUGACAUAAAAAUAGACUGCAGAUCUGUUGUCAGCUGGGAAGAAAGGUUAGCAAAUCUGGCGAAGGUUCCUGCUGCUGAACAUGUCUUUUCUCAUUGCUGGCACUAUUCAACCUGUUCUUACUUCAAAUCUUCAGCGUUUGCCGAUACCUCUCUUUCUUUAAAUAACACAAAAUUCCAGUUCAUUGGUUGUGCAAAAAAUUCAUACCAACUAGUUUAAAACUAAUCAAAAGCAGCAAUCGACCAUUCCUUGCUUAUCAGAAGAAUUAAUAUUGGUGUAUUGAAUUGGUGGAAUAUGUGGGAUGUAUGCAGC